CAAGUUCCGGUUGUUCUUGGGUGUACUUUGAUGUGUUUUUACUCGGAUUUUUAAUAUUUUUGAAGUUAAUAUCGGUUUAUUUCUCAUUUUUCAACAGUAACAAAUGAUAAUCUAAUGAUAUGCAGUAACGGCGAGGAUUAAUGACUGCACCGAGAUGAUUGUCAGGAGAUAAAGACACCAAAAGGAUAGGAAUACAAGAUGGCAGCAGCAGCCGGGGCAGCGGCUUGGAAAAUAACAGGAGAAGAUCGUGCCAAGCAUGAUUCCCAGUUCUUCCAACUCAAACCAAUCAAUGGCUUUGUCACAGGGGAACAGGCUAGAGGGUUCUUCCUUCAGUCAGGCUUGCCAAUGGCUGUUUUAGGACAAAUAUGGCAACUUGCUGAUAUGAACAAUGAUGGAAAAAUGGACAAAAAGGAGUUUUCAAUAGCAAUGCAUUUGAUAAAGAAGAAGUUGCAAGGAUUUGAGCUCCCCAAAACACUCCCACCCUCACUAAAAGCAGACCCUUCACCAGCUAUGGGGUCAUUUGGUACAAUGUCCACAGCAGGACCACCUCCAAUGGGAAUGGGAAUGCCAGUGAUGGGAAUGGCUCCGACAGCAGUAGCACCCAGCAGUAUGGGGAUGCCAAUCAUGACUAAUGGUGUCCCCAUGAUGGGUCAACAAGGAAUGAUGGCACCUGCAGUUUCCAUGGGAGCACCUGCAGUUUCCAUGGGACCUCCUGCUGCAAUGAUGGGCAACAAACCAAGAACUGGUUCUUUUAUACAACCAGGGCCAGUACCAGCUCCUGCUGCAGCAGGGAAUAUGGCAAUGCCUCAUCCCAGCAAACUGAAGUAUACACAGAUGUUCAAUUCUAAUGAUAGACACAAACGAGGUCAUCUAACAGGUGUUGAAGCAAGAUCACUGCUGGUUCAGACUGGUCUACCACAACAAAUUUUGGCUCAGAUCUGGACAUUGGCUGAUUAUGAUAAGGAUGGUAAAUUGACAUGUGAUGAGUUCUGUGUUGCCAUGCACCUCGCUGACUUGGCCAAAACAGGGAUUCCACUACCAGCAGUACUCCCCCCUGAACUUGUUCCUGGUAAAGCUCGGUCUGGAAGUUUUAGUGCCUCAGCCCCUCCUACAUCACAAGAAUUAUAUACAUAUUGGGCUCCUUCAAAGGGGGAUGCAUUUGGUGACCUUCUAGGGGGGAUGGGUAUGCCUCCUCCCCAACCCGCCCCUUCAGCUGCUGCCACAAAUGGGGAGGAACAAGGUCAACAGGAGGAUGUCCAUGGCUUUACCUUUGAGGACCGCCGUAAGGAGAACUUUGAUAAGGGCCAGGCAGAGUUAGAAAGGCGGCGACAGAUGUUACAAGAACAGAUGAAGAGGGAAAACGAGGCGAGGAUGGAGAAAGAGAGACAGGAGCAGGAAAAACGAGAGAGAAUCAGACAAGAACAGGAAAGAAAAAGAUUGGCAGAAAUGGAAAGACAGAUGGAAAAACAAAGACAGAUAGAAAGAGAGAGAGAAGAACAGAGACAGAAAAUGAUGGAACAAAGAGAGGCUGCUCGGAGAGAACUAGAGCGACAGAGACAAAUGGAAUGGGAGAGACAGAGGAAGGAACAGUUAUUAUCUGAGAAAGGCCGAGAGUACGAACAGCUGGGUAUUAUCAAAUCACGAGCCAGUAAUCUCAAGUGUGAACUCGAGUCACAGCAAGGUAAAAAGACUGAGAUUCGACAGAAGAUCGAGCAAGUAAGGAAUGGUGUAACAGACUUCACCAAUAGCAUAGAGGCAAUGAGAAUAACCAGGGACUCCAAAACCAGUGCAAUAGACAAACUUGAACAUGAUAUCAAAGAAUUAGGUGACAAAUUGGUGCAAUUACAAUCCGAGCGUGAGUCUCUCAAUUACCGAGUACAAACCUCAGUACAGAACAACCCCUUAUCUGAUGCACACCGUACAGUAUUACAUGGAGUGGAAUUAAAAAAGACUUCACUUCAGAAGCUAAAGAAAGAGCUCGAAAACACGGAAAGAGAAACCGAAAGUAAACUGCUGGAAAUUGACAAGAGUAACGCAGAGUUAGAGGAAAUGAAGAAGAAACUGUCGUCAGUGGAAGACAAUAUGUCUUCACUGAAAAAGCAACAACAACAAAAACAGGAGGCAUCUCUACUGCAGAAGAGAAAACAGGACGAGGAACACAAAGCUAAGAUACAACAGGAAAAGGAGAAACAAGAGAAUCUAAGGAAAGAGCUGGCGGCUCAGAGGCUCAAAGAGGAGCAAGAAGCAAAAGCAAAAUCCACUGCCUCCAGUAACGCGUGGGCCGCAUUCUCAAACGACACUCAGUCAUCCGCUACUUCUAACGAUAUCUGGUCAGCUGCCUUUGCAGAUGUUAAGACUGAUACAUCCAAGGGGAGUGAUAUCUGGGGCAGCGCUUUCUCUAGUCAAACUACAGUGACCUCAUCCAGUAGUAAAGGUUGUAAAUAUAAGGCCUUGUAUCCUUUUGAGGCCAGAAAUCCAGAUGAAUUAAGUUUGAAUCCAGAUGACAUUGUUUGGGUCCCAGAGGACCAGACAGGGGCAGAGGAGGGGUGGUUGGGAGGAGAAAUGAAUGGAAAGAAGGGCUGGUUCCCUAAAGACUACGUGGAGAAACUACCAGAGGAGCAAUCUAGUCAAUUUAAUGCCUUUGGCAAUGCUUUCAGUUCAGAACCUGUAGCUUCAGCAUUUCCUCAGAAAGAAUCUCUCUUUGAUAUACCAGCUGACUCGCCCACUCCUGGACAGAUGAUGCCUUUACAGGGAUCAGCUGCCCCUGAGGGCCUUCAGGCCCAGGCCCUUUAUCCAUGGAAGGCCAAGAAAGAAAAUCAUUUGUCUUUUAACAAAGGGGACAUAAUCCAUGUCAAAGAACAACAAGAAAUGUGGUGGUCCGGGGAGCUGAAUGGACAGACUGGCUGGUUCCCGAAGUCCUAUGUCAAACUCGUCAGUGGACCAGGUUCCAAACAAACAUCAAGAUCUGGUACACCAAUGGCAACAAGUGCAGCACCUGCUGUGUCUGUAGAAACCAAUGAUAAGAGUAGUACGCCAGCCAUUGUGGAACACACUGCUGAAGCUGAACCAUAUGUGGCCAUGUUUUCCUACACUUCCACUGAACCAGGUGACCUGACCUUCACACAGGGGGAGACAAUCCAAGUGACCAAGAAAGAGGGUGACUGGUGGACAGGGUCAAUAGGUGAAAGGUCAGGGAUCUUCCCUGCUAACUAUGUCAAGGCCGCAGAACAACAGCCAAAACCUUCGCCUAGUCAUACCCCAACUGUACAACCCACUGUUCAGGCUCCUCAACCACAGCCGGCCACCAGUCAGCCAGCACAGACUCAACAAAAAACGGGAACCAGUUCAACACUUAAAAAACCAGAAAUAGCGUCAGUGAUAGCUGCCUACACGGCAACAGGAGGUGAACAAUUGUCUUUAAGUCCUGGUCAGUUGAUUCAGGUCCGUAAGAAAAGCCCCAGCGGCUGGUGGGAGGGGGAACUUCAGGCUCGUGGUCAGAGGAAGAAGAUAGGAUGGUUCCCUGCUAACUAUGUCAAACUUCUGGGUGGUGGAUCUAGUGCUAGAUCCACUCCUGAUAAUUCAUCUCAGAGCGGCUCACCCGCAAACACAUUACAUCGGACUGCCACACCCACAAUUCCAGCACCCCAGCCACAGAAAUCAGCAAUUGUGGAGAAUAAAUAUGUUGAUCAGGUGAUUGCACUGUACCCUUACACGGCUCAGAAUGACGAUGAAUUGACAUUCCACAAAGACUCUGUGAUUAACGUUAUCAGUAAGGAGGAUGCUGACUGGUGGCAGGGGGAGGUGAACGGAACAGUCGGAAUGUUCCCCUCUAACUAUGUCGGACCCCUCAUUUCUUCUCCUCCUCAAGAAAAUACAUGGUCCAGUGAUCCCUCUGUUCUUGCCCAGACCUCGUCUGUUGAGAGUAAGAGACAGAACUAUAUACAUGAGCUCAUCAACACAGAAGAAACUUACAUGUCGGACAUGUCUAUAGUGCUAGAUGCUUUUUACAAGCCUAUGGCUACUGCUGGGGUCAUGACUCCAGAAGAAUUGGAUACAGUUUUUGUUAACUGGAAGGAACUCAUUUUGUGCAAUACUAAACUUCUCAAGUCAGUACGAGUUAGGAAGAAGAUGUGUGGAAAAGGUCAGGUCAUUCAGAUCAUUGGAGAUGUCCUUUGUGAAAAUAUACCUCACAUGACCCCAUACAUCAGAUUCUGCAGCUGUCAAUUAAAUGCUGCAGCAUUGAUACAGAGAUAUACAGAAAACAGUCAAGAAUUCAGAGAAAUCCAAAAGAAAUGUGUUCAGGAUCCCAAAACCAAGGGGAUGCCCCUCAGUAGUUUUCUAUUGAAACCAAUGCAAAGAAUCACGAAGUAUCCACUUAUGAUACAGAAAAUUCUACAAUAUACCCCAGAAAAUCAUCCAGACCGCCAGAAUCUGGAGGAUGCUCUUGCUAAGGCUGAGGAACUGUGUAAUCAGGUCAAUGAGGGGGUUCGUGAGCGAGAAAAUUCAGACAAGUUAGAAUGGAUGCAGAGUCAUGUCCAAUGUGAUGGCCUACAGGAGAAACUGAUCUUUAACUCUGUGACUAACUGUCUAGGACCCAGAAAACUACUUUAUCAUGGAACUCUUUAUAAGACUAAAGGUCACAAGGAGCUUUGUGGCUUUCUGUCCAAUGACUUCCUGCUUCUAGCCACACCCCUUGGUAGUGCUACCUCAUCUUCCUUGUUUGAUUCCAAAACAAAAGCUCAGUACAAAAUGUACAAAAGUCCCAUAUUUCUAAACGAGGUGAUGGUUCGGAGGUUAGGGGAGGAUGACAAUGACUGCUUGCUUCAGGUGUCACAUGUGGAGCAUGUCUACAACCUGAAGGCCCCUACCCUCACAGAAAGGGAGUCCUGGGUCAGACAUAUUGAUGCUGCUUCCAAGCUCUUCCUUGACACAGAGAAGAAGAAACGAGAAAAGCUUUUCAACUUGGGACAGAAAUCCCACAUGAUGGGUAGGCUUUUGGUGAUUAUCCAGGAAGGCAUAAACCUCGCCCCCACAGCUGAUGUGCGCAAGAUUAAUGGCGUUGGUCGGUUACUGGUUGUGCUGCAGGAGGGUUGUGAUUUACAGGCCAGCGAUGUCAAUGGAAAGAGUGACCCUUACUGUGAGGUCAGUAUGGGAGUACAAGAACACAAAACCAAGGUCAUCAAUGCGACCUUGAACCCUCGUUGGAAUGCCUCCAUGCAGUUCACCAUCAAGGACUUGGAACAGGAUGUGUUGUGUAUUACUGUGUUUGAUAGAGACCUCUUUUCUCCAAAUGACUUUCUGGGGCGCACUGAGGUGAGAGUCAAUGACAUUUUAAAGGAAUCCCAAACACGUAAAGGACCAAUCACAAAGCGUUUAUUAUUACAUGAAGUGUCCUCGGGGGAAGUCGUAGUCAAACUAGAUCUACAGCUUUACGAGAACACAUGACGAGAGCAGACGAAGUAGGACGUUUGGUUGUUAAAGUUAUAUACAGCAUGUUAAUGAGUUUGGAAGCUGGACCCUUUUUUUAAAAAUUAAUUUCAAUGAAUGAGAUUGUAGAACAAUUCCAAAGAAUUUUUUUUUAUAGUGAUGUUAAAAUGCAAGUUAUUUAAUCAUCACCCUCUACAUUCAGCUGCUAGAGUUGGGACAGUAAUUUAAACAAGAUGUUGUUGAAGUAUAUAUAAUAAGAUUAAGGUCUCUAUUGAUAAACAUCUUGUUUUUUUCCCCAUAACAGUGUUCAAUGGCAGUGCAGUACAUUCUUCUUAAAGAAUGCUUUAGAAAAAGAAAAGGUUUCUUUUUUGGCCGUUUUUUUUUAACCCAGGAAUAAUUUUCUAUUGCCCCAAAGUAAAAUUCAGUGUGUUUGUAUCUUCCAUUCCGUUUUUUACCAACAAUUUUUUUUCCCUUAUUGUCGUGUAAUGUUCAAAUUUGAUAUGUUGUUUCAGCAGUCAAAACAACAUAUUUCGUACCAAUUAAGGUUAAUUUUCUAUAUCCUCUGGAUAGGAGAUGGGGUGGUGGAAUAGAUUCAUAACUUUGUAAAAAUGAAAAGGCAACUUUUAUAAACUUUGUUGGAAAGGAUGAUAAAUCUAGUGAAUCUCCUGGGAUUAAUUAUCUUGCCUUCUGCAGAAAAUUCAGAGCCUAAGCUUUAGCCAACACAUUAAUGCCCUGUUCACAUAGAGAUUUUAAUAAUUCCAAUUAAACAUACUAAGUUACUGCUAAUUAAAUUUGAACCGCAUUCACACGGAGAACUUAAUGUAAAUUAGUUUAAUUCAAAUUAAUUUACUCCACGUCAAAUUACUUUGCAUUAGCUCCAUGUGAAUGCUAAGUGAAGCUAAUUAGAAUUAAAUUUUGACGCAUGAUUAAUGGCAAAAAUAAGUCACAUACCACAUUUUGGUGGUCAGAUAUAGGCACUUGAGCUAUUUUUGAGUGAAAAACAAAGAAAAAGUAUGUAAAUCUCCAAAAAUGUGUACAGAUACUAUGACAUUAUGUCAGAUGGAUCUGCUCUGUAUAAGGUGACAUGAUUUGCAAAUGACAUUAUAAUAGCCUUACUGUAGAAUUCAAAAUUUUAAUGCGCAUUAGUUUACUUCACAUUGACUGUUGUGUGAACACAAUUUAAUUCACAGUAGAUUAAUUUGCAUUAUUUUAUUUGGCAUUAAUCUACUGUGAAUUAAAUAUUUAAUGCGCAUUUGUGUGAACAGGGCAUAACAUAAAUUAACAAAUUCUAGCAUGGUGAUGUCUGUUUUAAGGUUAAGGUCAUAUCUAGGUAAUUUUUGCAUUUAUUGAAUUGUAUGUUCUGAAUGCAGGUAUUUUAUGAAAUGGUUGAAAUAAACAUUUAAUUGAAUUAUACAAUUAAUUUCAAGGACUUGAUAAACACAUAAUUCAAGAUAGAUUUUUGUCUUCUGACUGCCCUAUGGAAAUAAAAAGAUAUUUCCAGUUUUUACAGCUAUAGUUGAAUAACAUCUGUUCAAUGAAUUUUCUAGCAUUUAGGAAAUAUACAUGUAUAUAUUCGUAUAUUUGUGUUAUCAAGAAUAUGAUUGUUAAAAUUGAGUUGUCUCUUCCAAUAAAUAGGCACCACUUCCAGAUUUUUCAUUAGGCCAUUCCAAAUUUUUCUCUGUUUAGCAUCCACCCAUCUUUCAAAAACCUACCUAUCUAUUUGCAAAAAAACACACAAGCCCAAAAAUAAAACACAGGCUUAAAAGCCAUAAAAAUGAUGUUAUUUUAACGAUUUGAUUUCAUGAAUCUAUUUUUCUGGAAGAAAGGUACAUACGUCUAUUCUUUAGCAAACUCAAGUUUUUUUAAAAAUGCUUAAAAUACACCUAAAAUUACAUAUUAUACACAAAUAAAUAGAAAUUGUCAGAAUUCAAAGAUUUUGACCAAAAUGAUCAAUUUCAUGACUCUUGAUUUUGUUUGUUUUUUCUGAUAUUGGUGUCUAAAACCAAGGCGCACGCGGACACUAAACAUAGAAAAAACUUGGAAUGGCCUUGUUUUUACAUUAGGACUUAUUGAAUAUAAAAACUUUCAAUUUUGUAAUCUACAAAAGUAGCAUGAUCUUUAAAAAUCUGAGUAAGGUUUUUGAGGCAUUCUUCAGCAUGUUCACUGAAUUUGAAUUUGUCUUUGAUAUUUGUUUACAAAAAAAAUGCAUAAUGGAGUAAAGCAUUUAAUGAGAAGAAUAUGUUGUACAUGAAACAAGUCAUUGUUUUGACAAAAUAUAGUGCAAUACAAUCCCUAUACAUGUUUUUUAUUCAUAACAUUGGAACACGAAUUAAAUUGUGUAUAUACAUGUAAGUGAUCAUAGUCGGUAAGACCAAAAUGGACCUGUCACAUUUGUGAAUGUUUUUGUGUGAUAUACUGGGAGCAAACAUUUUAAAGUGGUUUUAAUAAACACAGUAUGAUAAAUGAGA